AUGGAUGAUAAUGAAGUUGAUCAACAUAAAGAUACUUGGAAAUUUAUAAAGAAACAUCUGAAUGACAUGAAAGAGGGUGAGGACAUUACAUUUGACCAGUUGCUUGUAAAUCUUAAACUGACAGAACAAAACUAUUUGCUAGCUGUUCAAUCUAGUCUCAAGACACCAACUAUAUUCUUAAAAAGGAAACCGAACGAACUAAGGAUCAAUAAUUAUAAUGCUGCAUGUCUCAGUGCAUGGCGUGCAAAUAUGGAUAUUCAGUUUGUACUAGAUGUAUAUGCAUGUGCAAUAUACAUUGUAUUAUAUAUAUAUACAAGGCUCAAAAAGGCAUGAGUGAGCUAUUGAGAACAGCUUGUGAAGAAGCAAAAAGGGAAACUCCAGUAUUAAACAACAAGUGAGAGAUAUUGGAAAUAGGUUUUUGAACAAUGUUGAAAUAAGUGCACAAGAAGCAGUCUAUAUAGUAGUACUUCAACUUCCAAUGAGUAAAUCUUCUUGUCAAGUAGUAUUUAUAAAUACUUCACCCCCCUGAGGAUAGAGUUCAGUUACUAAAACCAUUGCAAGAAAUUAAUGAUUUGGAAGAUGAUUCUGAUGAAAUUUAUGCAUCUGGUCUAAUAAAGCGUUACACAAAACGACCAGCCAAACUUGAAAAUGUGUCCCUUGCAGAUUGGGCUGCAUGGUAUGACUCCACUGGUAAGCCAUAUAUCAAACCAUGCAUCAUGUGAAUUAGAUAUUGAUAAUUAUCCACUUGAGACAAACUUGAGUGAUAAUGAUGAUAAUAAUGAGGAAGAAAGCGAACAAAAGAAUAAAAAAGAUCUAAAGCCAGAAUUAUUCGAAGUGUCUGUUUUAACAAGGAAGUUGACUCUGAAAAGCAUUACCGUGAACAAAUCAUGUUAUUCACUUGAUAGAGGGAUGAAAUAACCAAUUUAUUAGGAAAUUGUGCUUCUUACCAAGAACACUAUUUUCAAGUUAAAAAUACAAUAGAUGAGCAAAUGAAAUGUUAUGCUAUGUGCAGUGAAGACCUGAAUGUGACUCAAGACCAGCUUAAUAAUGUGGAAGAUAGUGAUGAAAACUAUGACCUGAUUGCCCCAGGAACACAAAACAUUGAGCAUCAAGAUGAAGAUGCACAAGAACUUCAUCCAGAAUUCAAUGAAACCUAUGACCUAUCUGGUGAUCUUGUAAUUCCUUCAGCUGCAUCUAAUACUGAGCAGCUGAUAUUACACGAAGAACAGGAUGUUUACAGAGGAAUGGUACAAAAAUUAAACAGAGAACAAAAAGAAUUUUUCUUCCAUGUUUUACAUCUUAUUAAAACUUCUGACAAUCCAUUCUACUGUUUUCUUAGUGGAGGGGCUGGAGUUGGCAAGUCACAUGUCACUAAGUGUCUUUAUCAAGCAGCAUUAAAGUAUUAUAAUAAUAGAGCGGGUGAUGAUUUCCACCAAGUGAAAAUAUUAAUGCUUGCACCAACUGGUAAAGCAGCUUACAAUAUCAAAGGUAACACAAUAGAUAGUGCACUUUCAAUACCUGCAUGUCAAUCUUUAAAGAAUUACAAACAUCUUGAUUCAAGCAGGUUAAACACCUUAUGGUGUCAACUUGGUGGUUUAAAACUAAUAUUUUUGGAUGAGAUCUCAAUGGUUGGUAGUUCAAUGUUCAAAUAAAUAAUACACUGAAAGAUAUUAAGGAAGUAAAGAAGAUUUUGCUGGUGUAAGCAUGGUUGUUAUCGGUGAUUUAUUUCAGCUGGAACCUGUAAUGGACAGGUAUAUAUUUAACCCUUACGAAAAAAGUCUAUAGGUGCCUAUAGGAAAUGUUCAAUUCUCUAUAGAAGCCUUUAGGCAUCUAUAGAGCUCUAUAGGCUUAUAGGGGCAUCCCUAUAGGUCACCUAUAGAAAACGUUCCAAUUGCCUAUAAAAACCUAUAGGUUUCCUAUAGGAACCUAUAGGUUGGCCUUUUGUUACAAGGGAAGAAUCUAGACAAUUCAGAAUAUGCAGUUCCUACUCCUAAUAAAUGGCAAGAUAACUUCAAUAUGUUUGAGUUGGAAGAAAUUAUGUGCCAACGGGAGAGCAAAGUGUUUGCUGAAAUAUUAAAUAGACUUAGGGAAGGAAAACAUACUAAGAAUGAUAUUUUGAAACUAAAAGAAAGAUUAAUAAAAGAAAAUAAUGAAAUGAGUGAGUGAAUGAAAGAGUGCAUAAUGCAGCAACUGGUGAACGUAGUUACUAAAACAUGGAACGACCCACAACGAUCCACAACGACCCCGCUACGACCCCGCAAUGACCCACUACGACCCACAACGACCCUGCAACGCGUAGUUACUAAAACAUGGAACGACCCCACAACGAUCCCACAACGAACUUGUGGAUCGUUGUGGCUGGUUUUUUGGUCGUCGUGGGUCGUUGUGGAUCAUUGUGGGUCGUUGUGGGGUCGUUGUGGGUCGUUCCAUGUUUUAGUAACUACGAACUGGCGAAACGCUCUCAAUCAAAGCAAUAGACAGUGUUAUAGGAGCUAACUCUGCUCAACUUCUAGAUAAAUUUUGAGUCAAAUACCAAAUGAUCGUAGGAAAACUAAGCAAAUUGCUUCAAACCUUCAAUUGUCAGUGGGGGAAAGAACUGAGAUAGCAUUAAAUGUAUGUACUGAUGAUGGCAUGACUAAUGGUGCUGGUAAUGUUGUUAAAAAGAUACAAUUGAAUCAAAUAGAUAAACCUUCCGGUAUAAUAUGGGUCCAAUUUGACCAUUCAGAUGUUGGAGAGAAGACCAGACAUGAAAAUAGACAUCUUUAUGUCCAAGUUAUUGAGUCCACAUGGACUCCAAUAAAGCCAAUCACAACUCAGUUUGUUGUGGGUAGAAACCACACUGCACAAGUUGUUAGAAAACAGUUUCCACUUAGACCCGCUGAGGCUAAGACGAUUCACCGUUCACAAGGUGACACUAAACAAAAAAUUGUUGUAAAUUUCAACACUAGAAUAUACAUUAUGUUGGUUUGAGCAGGGUAACAGCAAUUGAAGGUUUAUUUAUCACUGACCCAUGUGAAGAUAAAAUAGCUGUCAAUCCUCAUGUAGCAGCUGAAAUGGAACAUUUGAGAAAUGAACGUGUACUAAAACUAAGUGUCAGUCCUAUUUACAAGACAGACCAAGUCUCAUUUAAACUGUGCUAUCUAAAUGCACAGUUGUUGCAUAAACACAUUGAUGAUAUUUGGCAUGAUUUUAAUUUUGCUAAUACAGACAUAAAUAUUUUUUCUGAAACUCGAUGUAUGUGCUCGGAUAAUGCCAGUAUGUAUAUUGACGGUUACACCCUGUUGACUACCAGACCCUUUGGUGGCAUGGCAGUGUUUAGCAGAGUUGAAUUCUUACCUGGAUAUCCAUGUUGUUAUAAUAUCAAUGGCAUUGAAAUAACCAUUAUGAAAGCAAUGAUUCUUCCACAUGUUACUAUAAUUGGUAUAUAUCGAUCACCCAGAAUUCCAGUGCAACAAUUGUGUGCAGCAUUAGAUGAAGUUUCGAGGUUUUGUACUUCUCAAUUUAACAUUUUCAUAGGUGAUUUUAAUAUCAAUUGGUUGGAUGAAGCCAAUAGAAGGCCUUUAGAUAGAUUUUUUAUCAAUGAUCAUAACUAUAUGCAAUUGGUGUCUAAUGUCACUACAGACAAUCGGACAUUAAUAGAUCAUAUUUAUACAAAUCUACCAGAGUCGCAAGUUAGUUCACACAUUUUAGAAACUUAUUUCUCAGAUCAUAAAGCAGUUUGUGCCUUAAUUAAUUGUUUUCAUUAAAGCAAACUUAGCAAUGUUAUGAUAGAAAUAUUUCUAUAUUGGGACAAGAGUCACUGGACACAAUUCACUUAAAUACUUACACAUUUUGGUUUUAUACACAUUAGAGUUAAACAAAAUUUACUAAUUUUCAAAUGCUAAUAACAGAAUCACCAGGUAAGCAAGUUUUUUUUACACCCCCCCCCCCUCCCACCCACCCUCCACCCACCAUUUUGCUUUCUAACAUAAAUGUUUUUGUUUAUAGAGAUUAAUACAACAAUGACCAAUAAAUGUACUGGAUAUAUUUGUUGGAUAAUUCCAUCAGAACAACCCACUUGCAAGACAAUCUCACCAAAAUUCAUUAGUAUAUAUGGCUAUACGAAAAUAACUUAACAACUACAAUAAUCAUAUGGAUGGAUCUGAUCAAUGGCAUACAAUGUACAAAACCAAACUUGUACUCAAACAGAUUUUCUCCCAAAACACAAAUUGUUUUUGUGUGGAUAUCCUGUGUUAAAAUUAUACUGAACAGUGUGCUAUAUAUCAUUAACUGUGCACAGGACUGGAAUGGAAUUAUACACUUCACUUGUGACCUUCAAAACAUUCUCUACUGAUCAGUGGUCUUCCAUGUUCCUCGAAUAGUUUGUGUAUGUUACUCAACAGUUAACAUUGGCAAGUGUACAAGUGACAGAACUUUUGCUUCAUAUGAUUACAAUAAAGUUUUGAAAAUUCUAUGUGUAUGGAUUGACAAGUGACAACAUCUGCUAUCCUGACUAUAUGGCAUCUAAAAUCUGUUGUAUAUUGACAUUAUAUGGAUAAUAAAGAAGAUUGUCAAGCUAUCUCUGUGACAUCACAACUUAGUUGACCUAAGGAAACCUUUGUUACAGUUAUGGAAACACCACUGCAAGUGGAAUUUAUAGCAGCUGUUUUAUUCACUAUGAAAACCAGAUCAAUACUCGCACAGAUUCAAUACUAGAAUCUGACAUUAAUUAAACAUCUAUUUUUAAUUGAAAACCUUCAGAAACUGUACAGUCUAUAUUAUAUACUAUAUAAUAUAUACUUGUGAUAUAAAUUUUAAAAUAUUUUAUUUUAUGCUUGUGCAAUAUUGUGUGCAUGAAAUUUUUAUUUUCUGACUGCAUAAUUAUCUGUUACAAUCAUAAUCAUAUUACAAAAUUAGUUACAUUUCCUCGGCGGGGGUGGGAGGAGUUGCCCCUGCUUGUUUGACUUAUUUCCUACUUGCUAUUAUAAUUAUAAUAAGUGAUGAAAUAUUUCAAUUGUCCCAUGUCAUCUUCAUUAUUCAGUUCCUUUCAAGAAAAUACAAAAUGUGAAUCAACUUUUUUCGCAGAUACAUGUAUGCGUCGCGUACCUAUUUUUAUUAUUAAAUUCAUUCUUUUGUAAAACUCCAAAGUUGUAUGUGGUGAUUUGUAUUCAAGAAAGAGCAAUGGCAACGGGUACAAAACCCAACAGGUUGUGGGCCCAGAAGAGGCUUGAUUUUUGAUGUAAAGUUUUUGGUAUGUAUGCGACUCCAAAAACUAUAAUAUAUUCAUUCCUAGCAGUAGCGAAGGAGAGCUAGAUGAGGCAAGGAAUGCAAAUGCCUUUGCCGAAUUAGUGCAAUAUCUAGACAGGAGCUUGGCCCUGGUCAUACGAGAGGCAAAAGACAAUGGAAGGAAAGCCCUGACGAUUCUGAGAGAACAUUAGCAAGGCAAGAGAAAGGCCAGAAUAAUCUCGGUGUACACAGAGUUAACAUUGCUGAAGAAGGCAGAAAAUGAGACAUUUACAGACUACAUCUUAUGGGCAGAAACUGCCUCGACCGCAUUGAAGGCUGCCAAGGAAGUAAUCAGUGAUGGACUUCUGAUUGCCAUGGUACUCAAGGGUCUACCAAGCGCGUAUAAAAAUUUUCUAUGUUGGUUAUUCAACGAGAAAACCAGAUGA